AUGCGUCAAAGAGCAACACUGGCGGCAGCUUCGCAGGCCGCUUCAUCACACCGCGCGUCCGCGUGCUCCUCAUCCUCUGCCACCGCAAGCCGCAAACCGCUCCCCCGCAAGAUCUUGAUCGCUAACCGAGGCGAAAUCACCGUGCGCAUAAUUCGCACCUGCCGACAACUUGGCAUAGCAACUGUCGCAGUGUACUCGGAAGCAGACGCAAAUGCCAUGCACGUCAAGAUGGCAGAUGAGGCCUAUUGCAUCGGUCCAGCCCCUAGUGCAGAGAGCUACCUCAAGAUGGACAGGAUCGUCGAGGUCGCCAAAAUGACUGGGGCAGAAAUGAUUCACCCAGGCUAUGGUUUCCUAUCUGAGGCAGCCGAGUUCGCUGACCUGCUGGCAGCCUCGGGAAUCGAGUUCAUCGGUCCCCCUUCCGCUGCAAUCCGUGCGAUGGGCUCAAAAUCCGCCUCAAAAGAAAUUAUGCUUGCAGCCGGCGUCCCAUGCGUACCAGGCUACCACGGCGCCGGCCAAUCCCUGGAGCUCCUGCAAGCCGAGGCAGACAAGAUCGGAUACCCGGUGCUGAUCAAGGCCGUCAAGGGUGGUGGGGGAAAGGGUAUGAAGAUCGCAACGUCCGCGCAGGAAUUUCGCGAGCAGCUCGAGAGUGCGCAGCGCGAAGGCGCUAAGUCCUUCGGCGACCCCACGGUGCUGCUGGAAAGGUACCUCACCAAACCUCGCCACGUCGAGGUGCAGGUUAUGUGCGACAAGUUCGGCAACGCCAUCUACGUCUGGGAGAGGGACUGCAGCGUGCAGAGGCGGCAUCAAAAGAUCAUCGAAGAGGCGCCUGCGCCGGGAUUGAGCGAGGAGCUGAGGAGGGACCUCGGAGAGAAAGCCGUCGCUGCGGCCAAAGCUGUUGAUUACGUCGGCGCGGGGACGGUCGAGUUUUUGCUGGAUGCAGAGACUAUGGGUUUCCACUUUUGCGAGAUGAACACGCGUUUGCAGGUCGAGCACCCUAUCAGCGAGAUGAUCUCCGGACUCGACCUGGUCCAGCUGCAGCUGGAGAUCGCAGCCGGAAACCCGCUCACGCUGACGCAGGCUGACGUGCAGCGCAACGGUCACGCGUUCGAGGCGCGCAUCUACGCCGAGAACACUCGCGCCAACUUCCUGCCAGAUGUCGGGCUGUUGCGCCACGUGCGCCUCCCGCCAACGUCCGAGACGGUCCGCGUCGACACGGGCUUCGGCAGCGGCGACGAGAUUAGCGUGCAUUACGACCCGAUGAUCGCCAAGCUAAUCGUACACGGCGCCGAUCGUAAGGAUGCGCUGCGGAGACUCAGCCGGGCGCUCGAGCAGUACGAGGUCGUCGGACCGAAGACCAAUAUCGAAUUCCUCAAGAACCUCGCCAGCCACCAUGCGUUCAUCGACGGCAAGGUCGAGACUGCAUUUAUCGGGAAAUACGGACACGAGCUGCAGCCGCCCAUCCCUCCCCCAAGUGCGACAGCGCUCGCCAACGCAGCGCUCUACCUCGCGCUGCGCGACGCUCACGCCGUCGCCGCGACUGCUGCGGGCGCGUCCGUCUGGACGCGGCUCAGCGGCUUCCGCAACACACCGUCGCAGCUAGCGUCGCGCGUCUUCGAGUUCCGCGCCACAGCGGCGGGGACUGAGGGGGCCAAGGAGGAGGCGCCGGUUAAGUCAAUCGUCACGCUUGAGCCGGUCGCGCUCAGCGGUGAUCGAUUUAACCUCGUUGUCGAGCAUGGCGCGCAGGGUAAGGAGAAGCAGGUGUACACAAACGUCCAUGCGCGUCUCUCCUCGCCUUCCCCAACAUUGGCAGGAGCGGUAGAAGACCAUACUCCCGCCUUCGCUCUCACACGACGGUCAACCACGACGGUGAUUUCGCGCAAGCCGACGCGUGCCGAGGCAGCCACGAGCGGGCGGUCGUCCGAGAAGCUGGACAUCUUCGUUGACGGCGUUCAGGUUGAGCUCGAGGUCGCUGGGCCCGCGUGGUUGGACGAGGUGCUGGGUCGCAAGGAAUCGGCAAAGGGGAGUGUCAUCUGCCCCAUGCCGAGCAAGGUGGUGGAUGUGCGUGUCAGAGUCGGACAGGAGGUUGAAGAGGGCGAUGUGGUGAUUGUGUUGGAAGCUAUGAAGACUGAACACGUCCUCCGUGCGCCGAAAUCGGGUAAAGUGGCCAAAGUGGCCGUCUCCUCUCCAGGCGAGCUCGUCGCCGAAGGCGUCGAGCUUGUCCAGUUCGAGGAGACAGAUGACAGCGCGUAA